GAGAGAGUGAGUGAGAGAGAGAGAGAGAAAGAGAGAGAGAAGGAGGAACAGGCGCUACGCAUUAAGCGGUGAACCGUGGUCGACUCGACACACUUCUCUCUAAAGGCACACUCUCGCACUCAUCGAGAGAGAGAGACACACAGAGAGAGCGAGCGAGCGAGGGAGAGAGAAUAGAGGAGAAGUUUGAGUGCAGGAUUGUUCUGGUAUGGCUCAAGGCUCUGACAGCAACGACACCAGCUACACCAAAUCCCCUUCACCGGGAAACAAACAGGGUUCAUCAGACGACAUGAGGAAGGUGAUGAGGAGAGAGAAGAACCGCAUCGCGGCCCAGAAGAGCAGGCUGAGGCAAACGCAGAAAGCUGACAGCUUGCACCUGGAGAGCGAGAAUCUGGAGAAGGAGAACGCCGCUCUGAGGAAGGAGGUGAAGAGGCUGACGGAGGAGGCCAAAUAUCUUUCCACGGUGCUGAGCAACCACGAGCCGCUGUGCACGGGAUUAAGCCACGCCCCCUCGGACCUGCUCUACGGUGCGCACGCGCCUUUCCACCAGCACAUCAACGUCCCGCACUACCCGCUCUGACCGGCCACGGCGGGAGAACUUUAACGGGUUCUUUAAGUACCUUCACGAGGGCCAUUGACGAUUAUGGGGAGGGAAAGGGCAGAACAGCGCCAUCUGCUGGUUGGGUUCGAAAACAUUCUGAAUCACCAUUUGUUUCUCCACAGGGAGAAUUAUAAUACAGUUUAUUACAGUAGCGCAGUAGCUACGAAUACAGUAUUUACACAGUAUUUAUACAGUAUAAUAUUUACAAUGCAAAUGAUUGUGAAUACGAUUGAUACAACAGAGUUUAUAGCCUGUAUUUAUUUCUGUCUCAGACCGCCGACGCGCUCUCAGCUAUAACUGAACGUGGGACGCGUCGUACAGCCUGUGACGCGCAUCACCUCCAAUACACUGUUAAACUACGCUUUGAACGUAAACAGCAGGGGGCGCUCUGACCACUUUCCCUCCCUAUGAUCACGACGAGGUGAAUAAAAAGAUGACAAACCUACGAUUCACAACUACGUGGAACAACAGAUGCUUACUCACAAUGUGACUACUGACGGAUGAGGCCUUAUGCUGCCCUCAAGUCCUGACGGAAACACCGUAAUCACGAGACGCGCCGCCGUAAACGUUAGCGGGACUCUCGGAUUCGUAAACGAGCCCUGAAAGCGUCGCAGAUUUAAAUAAAAUCGUAGAACAAAUGUAUGGUAAAGUGUUUAUUCCUGUUUUUCAGGAGUGACGCGUGAACGUUCUCACGCUAAACUGCUUUUUUAAUGGCUCGUUCUCAUCUACACUUUUCAGAAGGUUCUUUCAGGGUUCUUUAGUAAAGACAGUAGUUCUGUAGAACCACGAACACUCACAGAACCAUUAUGCAUGCUUAAAUGGCCCUUUGCGUGGUGAAAUCGUUCUUCAGAUUGAUGGAGAAUGUCUUGUUUAUGGUUCUUUAUAGCACCCAAAAGGGUUCUGCUAUUGCAUACAAGCAUAUACAAUCGUAGAAGUAGAACCCUUUUUGGUCCUAUAUAGAACCACUUUUAAAAAGGUUUUUUAUAGAACUUUAUAC